CAAUUUAAAGACGAGUUUUCGGUAGAUUAAAAAAAUAAAAUAAUCUACAAAAAUGGCAGAAAGCAGAUUUUCAGUUUCGACCGUUGACACGGAAUCGAAAAAAAAUGGUAUACAUAUGGGGGCCAGUAUUAUUUCGCGACCAAUUCGGACCUCAUUGGAGACAGUUGAGAAAGGUGAUCCUAAUCCUCAGCCAGACACAUGGCUUCAUGACGCCGGCUGGAGGAGAAAGAGAUCUCUUGCGCAGCUCACGAGAGAAGCUCUACCGAGGAUGGAAAAUUACAGAAAUUCUAAGAGAGCCCUGAAAAGACCGAGUUUGGGGGAGUUGCAUGGUGACCAUUUGAUCACUGAGGAGGAAGAAAAACAACCUCAAAGAGAAACAAAAUCUCCAACUCCAGCCGUCGGGAUAAAGUUAGGAUGGAUUCAAGGAGUGCUGAUACCAUGUCUGCUGAAUAUAUGGGGGGUGAUGUUGUUCCUGCGUAUCUCGUGGGUGGUGGCUCAGGCGGGGAUUGGACUGACUCUGGUCAUCAUCGCGAUAUCGGCGAUUGUGUGCGUCAUCACUACUCUAUCUAUGAGUGCUAUAUGCACCAACGGGGAAGUUAAAGGAGGUGGUAUCUAUUACAUUAUAUCCAGAUCCCUCGGCCCAGAGUUUGGUGCCUCUGUUGGAAUCAUCUUUGCAUUCGCAAAUGCUGUUGCUGCUAGUAUGAACACGAUUGGUUUCUGCGACUCUCUGAACGAUUUACUACUGUCUCAAGGAGUGAAGAUUAUUGAUAAUAGCGUCAAUGACGUCAGGAUUGUGGGCACGGUGGCGCUCAUUGUAAUGUGCAUUAUUUGCGCAGUAGGGAUGGACUGGGAGAGCAAGGCGCAGAAUUUCUUAAUCGCUAUCAUUGUCGGAGCCAUGGUCGAUUUCGUUGUGGGCACUCUGAUGGGUCCUAAGGACGCAAGCGAAGUCGCUAGUGGAUUUGUUGGACUUUCAACGGCAACUCUAUCAGAAAACUUCAAGCCGAACUUCCGCUUCAGCGAGGGUGUUAAUCAGGACUUUUUCAGCGUGUUCGCUAUUUUCUUUCCUUCUGUCACUGGGAUUCAGGCUGGCGCUAAUAUCUCCGGAGAUCUUAAGGAUCCAGCGUCUGCAAUUCCGAAGGGUACCUUACUCGCGUUGUUGAUAUCAAUGGUGAGCUACGCGCUCAUGGUGCUGUUUGCCGGUGGAGGAGCUCUGAGGGACGCCAGUGGCAAUGUCACUGACUUAUUGCUCGUGAACGACACUGUCGUAGACUUUAGUGGUGUUUCUCACUGCGUCAAUACCACUGUCGGGUGUAAUUACGGAUUACACAACAGCUAUUCUGUGAUGCAGUUAAUGUCAGGGUGGGGUCCGUUCAUUUAUGCGGGUUGCUGGGCCGCAACGCUAUCGACGGCGCUCACCAACCUGUUGUCAGUACCGCGCCUGAUCCAGGCGCUGGGCGUGGAUCGCAUCUACCCUGGCCUUAUCUUUUUCUCAAAGCCCUAUGGAAAGCACGGCGAACCCUACCGUGGCUACGUGCUUACCUUUUUCGUCUCUCUCCUGUUCUUACUUAUCGCUGAUUUGAAUACUAUUGCUCCUCUCAUUUCCAACUUCUAUCUGGCGUCAUAUGCGCUCAUCAACUUCUGCACAUUCCACGCGGCACUUGUCCGUCCUCUAGGAUGGAGGCCAACCUUCAGGUACUACAACUUGUGGGUAUCGAUGGUCGGAUUCCUGCUGUGCAUCGGUAUCAUGCUGCUGAUAAGUUGGAUCAUGUCAUUGGUUACCUUUGCGAUCUUCUUUACUCUUUAUCUCAUCGUACACUACCGAAAACCUGAUGUAAACUGGGGUAGUAGUACACAAGCGCAAAUGUACAAAACUGCUCUCUCGAGUGCUCACAACCUGGCGCGGACUGGCGAGCAUGUGAAGAACUACUGGCCUCAGCUGUUGGUACUGGCUGGGAGAGCGCAGGACCGACCAGCACUCGUGGACCUAGGCAGUCUCAUCACAAAGUCUGGGUCACUUAUGAUUGUAGGAGAUAUAUCACAACAAAAAUUAUCGUACAAGGAACGUGCGCACCGCUUGCGCACGAGCGACGAGUGGCUCCGCGGGCGCAAGGUGCGCGCGUUCAGCGCGAGCGUGCACGGGUUCAGCUUCGAGAGCGGCGCGCGCGCGCUCAUGCAGGCCGCGGGCGUGGGCCGCCUGGCGCCCAACGUGCUGCUCAUGGGCUACAAGGCGGACUGGGCCAGCGCGCCGCCCGCCGACCUCGAGUCCUACUUCAACGUCUUACACACGGCGUUCGAGACACGGCUGGCGGUGGGCAUCGUGCGCGUGGCGGGCGGGCUGGACUACGGUGUGCUGGGCGGCGAGGAGCCCAGCAGUGGGCUGACUGCGGCGUCCAGCAGUGGUGACUUACGUGUACGAGCGCCUAUUAUGCAUGCUGACUCUGACCUCGACAUCCGCGCCGACUCACAACCUUCCAGCCGACACAACCUUAAUCUUUUAACGCUAACGACAUCGCGUUCAUUUACGAUCUCCGAAAAAAGUGACACAAAGGACAAAAAGAAAGACAAAAAAGGAAUCGAUAUCCACCGGCAAGUGGUUUAUAAGUCUGCGUCCGGUAUCGAACUCUCCAUGGAGCAGUUGUCAUAUAUGACAAUAUUUAGAAGAAAACAGGAGGCGGGCACGGUGGACGUGUGGUGGCUGUACGACGACGGCGGGCUCACCAUGCUGCUGCCGUACAUCCUCUCGCAGCGCUCGGCCUGGGCGCGCUGCGCGCUGCGCAUCUUCGCGCUCGCCAACCGCCGCCACGAGCUCGAGCUGGAGGAGCGCAAUAUGGCGAACCUGCUAGCAAAAUUCCGAAUUGACUACUCGUCGCUCACAAUGGUGCAGGAUAUCACGGAGCCGCCCCAGCCGGAGACUAAACAGACUUUUGCGGAACUUAUUAAGAAAUUCACAGACGGUACAGGAGAGUGCAAGAUCAGUCCGACGGAGCUGAGUACUCUGUCCGAGAAGACGAGCCGCCAGCUGCGCCUGCGCGAGCUGCUGCUCGCCAACUCGUCGCAGGCGCGCCUCGUCGUCAUGUCGCUGCCCAUGCCGCGGAAGGGCUCCGUGUCGGCCCCUCUGUACAUGGCGUGGCUGGAGGUGCUCAGCCGCGACCUGCCGCCCAUGCUGUUCGUACGCGGCAACCACACCUCCGUGCUCACCUUCUACUCUUAGACCUAGCGUUUUCUCGUGACAACGCUUACCUUUUACAUUUUACCUUUAUACAGAUACCAGCUUACAAAGUCUUCAAUACGGUAGCACUGCUGGGUAAAGGCCCCUUAUCUUAAUACGAAAAAAAAGUAAGAAAGUUAUUUCCGCUGCGCAAUGAGCAAUCAAUCCACACAAUUUUGCAGUGUGAUGGCAAAAUCCUUGUAUCGGAAAUGGUUACUAUUACAGCGAGAUUAAUUCCUACCUAAAUUUCAAGAGAACAAAGAAAAGAAAAAUAGUUUAAAUGUACAUAUCUUAAAGAAACAUAUUAAAAAAAUCAU